AUCGCUUCCAAGGCAAGCAAAAAAGCUACCCUUCCCAUCAGAGAGGAACAAGUGAAAAAAAAAAAAAAAAAGGGAAAAAGAGCAUUUCUCUGUCUCUUUCUUUUGCUCUUUCUACUGAUGAAUGAUGAUCUGUAGAUUCUAAUUUCUCUAUUAGUUCGAAGAAGAUCUUCAAAAUUCUCAGUUUUUAUUAUCCACAUUCCACAUUGCUUCUCUGAUUCUGCCAAGUGUGUAGAAGCGAGUAUUUUUUGGUAAGGUGAAAAUGUCCUCUAGAAGAGGAUCGAAAUCGAAGAAAUUAGGUUCAACCAACUCAAAAGCUGUAAAUUCGCCUUCUUCUUCGACAACUUCAUCAACCAAACACUUUGUAGAAACAUCUAUUGAUGGCCAGAGCUCACCGGCAUCUUCAUCAGCUCGAAGCAAGCCACAGUAUUUUUACUUUGAGAAUGUUCAUGCCAACCGAUCCAAAGAAAAUGUCACUGUGACCGUUAGAUUCCGGCCUCUCAGUCCGAGGGAAAUUCGUCAAGGCGAGGAGAUUGCUUGGUAUGCAGAUGGGGAGACUAUUUUGAGAAAUGAACAUAAUCCGUCGAUAGCAUAUGCAUAUGAUCGAGUGUUUGGCCCUACAACUACUACACGCCAUGUGUAUGAUGUUGCUGCUCAGCAUGUUGUCAAUGGUGCCAUGGAAGGCAUCAAUGGCACCAUUUUUGCUUAUGGUGUGACAAGUAGUGGGAAGACUCAUACAAUGCAUGGUGAUCAGAGGUCCCCUGGAAUUAUACCACUGGCGGUGAAGGAUGCUUUUAGUAUUAUUCAGGAGACACCAAAUCGGGAGUUUCUUCUUCGUGUUUCAUAUCUGGAGAUCUAUAAUGAGGUUGUUAAUGACUUAUUAAAUCCAGCAGGACAAAAUUUGAGAAUUAGAGAAGACGCUCAGGGAACCUUUGUUGAAGGUAUAAAGGAAGAAGUUGUACUAUCCCCUGCUCAUGCCCUCUCUCUUAUAGCGGCUGGGGAAGAACACAGACAUGUUGGAUCAACAAACUUCAAUUUACUCAGCAGCAGGAGCCAUACAAUAUUUACACUGACAAUAGAGAGCAGCCCAUGUGGUGAAAACAUUGAAGGCGAAGCAGUAAAUCUGUCUCAGCUGAACCUCAUCGAUCUGGCAGGUUCUGAAAGCUCGAAGGUUGAAACAACUGGUGUUAGACGAAAAGAAGGAUCUUAUAUCAACAAAAGCUUGCUAACUCUAGGAACUGUCAUAUCUAAAUUAACAGAUGGGAGAGCCACUCAUAUACCAUAUAGGGAUUCUAAACUGACCAGGCUGCUUCAGUCUUCAUUAAGUGGUCAUGGGCGUGUAUCUCUCAUUUGCACUGUCACUCCUUCAUCAAGUAACACAGAAGAGACACACAAUACACUGAAAUUUGCCCACCGUGCCAAACACAUUGAAAUCCAAGCAGCACAGAACAAGAUCAUUGAUGAAAAAUCACUUAUCAAAAAAUACCAAAAUGAGAUACGCUGUUUGAAGGAAGAGUUAGAACAAUUGAAGCAGGGUAUUGUAACAAUUCCUCAACUAAAAGAUAUUGGAGAAGAUGAUAUUGUACUCCUAAAGCAGAAGCUAGAAGAUGGUCAAGUCAAGCUGCAAUCAAGAUUGGAGCAGGAAGAAGAAGCAAAAGCGGCUUUAUUGAGCAGAAUACAGCGAUUGACAAAAUUGAUUCUUGUCUCCACAAAAGCUUCGCAAUCAUCAAGAUUACCCCAACGCCCUGGUCCAAGGAGGAGACAUUCAUUUGGAGAAGAAGAGCUUGCGUACCUACCACAUAGAAGGCGGGAUUUGAUCCUGGAUGAUGAGAAUGUUGAGUUAUAUGUUUCCCUUGAAGGGAACACUGAAACUGGAGAUGAUACACUUAAAGAGGAGAAAAAAACCCGAAAGAAUGGCUUGCUAAACUGGCUUAAGCUCCGAAAACGUGAUAGUGGUAUGGGGACAUUGACAAGUGCCAGUGAUAGAUCAGGUGGAAUUAAAUCUAAUAGUACACCUUCAACCCCUCAAGCAGAAAGCAAUAACUUUCAUGCAGAAUCUAGGCUUUCCCGGUCCUUACUUACUGUAAGUUCUCCACCCAUGGAUCUUCUAUCAGAUGCUAGACAGAAUGGAGAAGUUCCAGAGGACAAUUACCUUGGACAAGAGACACCUUUGACUAGCAUAAAAACAAUUGAUCAGAUAGAUCUACUAAGGGAGCAGCAGAAGAUUCUGUCCGGAGAGGUAGCACUUCAUUCAAGUGCUUUUAAGCGAUUGUCAGAGGAGGCUGCAAGAAACCCCCAGAAUAAACAAAUUCAAGUUGAGACGAAAAAGUUGAGUGAUGAAAUCAGGGGGAAGAAUGAACAAAUUGCUCUGCUAGAAAAGCAAAUUGCAGAUUCCAUCAUGGUUUCACACAACAAGAUGGACAAAUCAGAAAUAUCACAAUCUAUUGCUGAAUUGGUGGCGCAACUAAAUGAGAAGUCCUUUGAACUUGAGGUUAAAGCUGCAGACAAUCGAAUAAUCCAAGAGCAGCUCAAUCAGAAGAUUUGUGAAUGUGAAGGGUUGCAAGAAACCGUUGCCUCCUUAAAGCUGCAGCUAUCUGAUGCACUAGAAUCACAAAAUGUGAGUCCUGUAGCCAUUUAUUCUCAUCAAUUUGCUGAAAUGAAAGGCCUGCAUAAGGACAAAGAAGUAGCGGCAUCAAAAGAUAGUAGUGAAGAUUUACUUAUAAAAGCACAGGUGACCGAGAUUGAAGAACUGAAGCAGAAAGUUGUGGAACUAACUGAGUCAAAAGAACAGUUAGAACUACAGAACCAGAAACUGGCAGAGGAGAGUUCUUAUGCCAAAGGGCUAGCCUCAGCUGCUGCUGUGGAGCUUAAGGCAUUGUCAGAAGAAGUUGCCAAACUAAUGAAUCAUAACGAGAGACUAGCUGCAGAACUGGCAGCAGCAAAGAACUCGCCCACCCAACGUCGUACAAGUACACUAUGGAAUGGCCGAAGAGAGAGUCUGACCAAACGAAAUGAGCCAGUUGGAUCUGCCUCAGGUCUCAAGAGAGAACUGGCUAUAAGUAAAGAGAGAGAGCUUUCAUAUGAAGCUGCUCUAUUAGAGAAGGAUCAUCGAGAGGCCGAGCUUCAAAGAAGGGUUGAAGAAUCUAAGCAAAGAGAAGCUUACCUGGAAAACGAACUUGCAAACAUGUGGGUUCUUGUUGCCAAAUUAAAAAAAUCCAAGGGAGUUGAUACUGUUGUUUUGGAAUCAACAUAAGGGAAACGAUGAGGUGAGUUUGAAGUGAACCAGGAAUGAUGGUUCAAGGGCUCAAUUAUCCUGUAAUAACAAUUCGGCUUGGGUUUAGUAUUGGUUUGGGAGAGUAGCGUCUAGAGAAUGUUGUUGUGCAUUGCAAGUGAGGGGCCAUUGUGUAUUCCAUGAGUUUUUCUUUUUCCAUUGAUUCUUCAAAAUUUUUGUAUCCAUAUGGGUUCUUUUUCUUUCCCUCUUCCUUUUUCCCUUUUUUUUUUACAUUGCGGCAUUGUAUAUGAAAAUCUUCACGUGUACAAUUUAAAGUAAGGGAUGAUAUCUUGUUUGGUCCCUCUUGAAUUAUUACACUUUUUCUA